AUGAAUCUAUUUCUGAAACUUGAUAAUAAUGAAUCAAAUAAAGAAUCCAACUUAAUUUUGUUUUCUGAUUUCCUUCCUGAAGUAUUAAGUUUUACAACCAGUGAAAAUGAACGAAUUCAAGAUCUCUAUCUCCAAUUAUGUUCUCUUUUCAACCAUCAUAGUUACAAUGAAAUAUUGUUUUUAUUACCUCAACUAUCAUCAUUCUCAAUGCUUCCACCUAUAAUAAAUUUAAUUAUUGGUGCCACAAUGAUAAAAUUGGGUAGAUUAGAUAGUGGAUUUAGAGAACUUGCUGUUGCUAUAAUCAUGUCCAGUAGAGGUGAACAGAGAAUCAGUUUUUUAAUAGUUGCGGCAACUUUACAUGCUGAAUUAAACGAUAAAGAAAGAGUUCAAGGGUAUUUAGGUGAAAUUUUGGAUUUGUCUCGCCAAGUUGUACAAUCAGGUGAAGAAUUUGAUAUUGUAAAAGAAAAUUUAGAAGAAUUGGAAAACACCUUGUUGAUCAAAUUAGAAAAUGUCAAAGAUAAAGAGCCAUUAAAGUAUAAAUCAUUUGAGGAACAAAUAUUUGAACUUAAUAGAUUGAAAAGAUUUUAUCCAGAGGCAACAUUUACUGGGAAAUGUCAACUUAUAGUUACUAAAGUUCAUUCAGCAGAGAUUUUGUUAGAACGGUGGUCAAGAGAUAGGAAACCAUUAAAAGUUGAUCCCUUAAAAUUGCUAUUGGAAGCUAUAUUGGUAUGUGGUCCAGAAAUAUCAUAUUGUGGAAUUAGAAAAAUGGAACCAGUAAUUAACCAGUAUAUUGAAUUUUUGGAAAAUGAUGGCAAAAAAGAUACUAGUGGAUUAGCACCAAUAUUACGAAGUGUUUCAUUAUUUGGUAAAAGGGCAAAUGAUAGUACUUUAGAAUUGGGUAAAAAUUCUAAAAUCCCAAUCAAUAGCGCUACCAGAAUAACCAUAAUUAAAGGUUAUAUGUGUAUGUUAAGAUGCCAAUAUGUGGAAGCAGAAAAUUAUUUCACUCAAUCCUUGAAUGACAUACCUAAUGAACAUCAUCUGCAAUUAAGUUUAUUGAAAUGUUACAAUCAAAUGAGGGAAACCGGUAUUUUUAAGAAAAAGGAAUUAGAGUUGAUGUUGCACAAUGUACAAAAAUUAGAACUUGAUGGGAGUUUGAAACAACAAAUUUUAGCUAAGAUUUAUCACGAUUUGCAUAAUAUUGAAGGUAAUUUUAAAUCAAAAAAGAGUGGUAAAAAGAAAAAUGGAAUUUUGAGGCUCAACCAAUGGAAUGAUUACUUGAAGUUACUGGUUGAAACAUAUAUUCAGGCUAUUAUUAUGGCUCCAGUCGAUGAUUUGUUUAUCCCACUGUUGUAUGAUCAGAUUUUGUUCUUAUUAAUAGUUAACAAAAUUAAUAUUCGAGUCAUUGCAUUUUUCUAUCAGAUUCGGUAUCAUUUUGCUAUUAGAGCUGAUUAUGAAUAUCUUUAUAUUCCAGGAGUGCUUGAUGAUUUUGAUCCCACUUCUGUCGGUGGAGAGAUUAUUUAUGAUAUUAAACAAUAUUUAGAGAAAGGAAUAAUCAAUGGUGCAACUGUACUUAAAGAAGAUCAUGCUGAUUAUGUGAAAUACUGGAUGAAAGAAUAUCGAAAAGAACAUAAAGUUACGCAAGCUAUUAAAUAUUAUUAUGAUAAAGUGUUUAUGGAAACAUAG